AGCUUGAAGACGAAGCUGAUGCAACACGGGCCGGAGUUAACACGGGCAUCGCGUCAGAGCGCUGAAGCUCAAAGGAGGACGCUGCAUCUUAUUUUAUUCUCAGAAAGCCAGUCAGACAGGAGUUUGUGCAGUUUAUAGUCCUGAAGAUUAACUGGUACCAGCAUGCCUGUCAUCAGAACCCUCAGUAAGGUGGCCAAGCAGGCCCUGCUCAGCACCCCUGGGUGCAGCUGCCAGCCCCUAACGGUGGCUGUACGCAACAUCAGCUUCUCCCCCCGGCAGGUGACUUCUGAUGCCAGCUUCCACUCAGUGUCCUUCUCAGAAACAGACCACCCCAAGGUGCUUAUCACAGGUGGCCUUGGGCAGCUCGGGGUGGGGCUCGCCAAAUUGUUGAGAAAGAGGUUUGGAAAGAACAAUGUCAUUCUGUCUGACAUCAGGAAACCUCCAAGCAACGUUUUCCACAGCGGCCCCUUCAUCUACUCAGACAUCCUGGACUACAAGAACCUACGGGAAAUUGUGGUGAACAACCGCAUCACUUGGCUGGUUCACUACAGCGCCCUCCUCAGUGCUGUUGGAGAGGCUAACGUGGCCCUGGCGCGCUCUGUAAACAUCAACGGGCUUCACAACAUCUUAGACAUCGCCGCAGAGCACGGAUUGCGUCUGUUUGUCCCGAGCACCAUCGGUGCCUUUGGUCCCACUUCUCCCCGCAACCCUACGCCAGAUCUCUGUGUGCAGAGACCUCGCACCAUCUAUGGUGUUUCAAAAGUCCAUGCUGAGCUGAUGGGAGAGUACUACCACCAUCGUUAUGGCCUGGACUUCCGCUGCCUCCGCUACCCUGGAAUCAUUUCGGCUGACUCCAUGCCCGGGGGUGGCACAACAGACUAUGCUGUCCAGAUUUUCCACGAUGCAAUCAAAAGUGGCAAGUUUGAGUGCAACUUGAGACCCGACACACGGCUGCCCAUGAUGUACAUUGACGACUGCCUGCGUGCCACGCUGGAGGUGAUGGAGGCGCCAGUUGACACGCUGAGCAUGAGGACCUACAACAUCAACGCCAUGAGCUUCACCCCCGAGGAACUGGCCCAGGAGCUCCAGAAGCAGAUGCCCGAGCUGGAGGUCACGUAUGACGUUGACCACGUACGGCAGGCCAUUGCUGACAGUUGGCCAAUGAACUUCGACGACUCCAAUGCACGGAAGGACUGGGGCUGGAAGCACGAUUAUGAUCUUCCAGAGCUCGUCCAGACGAUGCUUAACUUCUUCGGCGCCGAGACGCUCAUGGCUCGAGCUAACUGAUGGCGGACAGCGUGUGUUCUUUGUACAUAAUGUAAAGACUGACCAAAGAGAAUAGAGUAACAUGGCCUGUACAUAGUCGUUCUCUCACUACUCUGUAAAAUAAGAAGGGCUGUCCUUGCCUGGCAUAAGGCUACCAUUUCUCCAGAAUGUAAAGGUCAGUGCAGGCUAGAAAAUCCUCCCUGCUCCUGUCUAUCUACCCCUGCUUUGCUCUUUUUGCUCAUCCUUCUGCUUGGAGAUUUGGGCAAAGAGCAGUCAAUGGAAGGCUGUCAGCAGUAUCGGGGAUAACAAGUGGCCUGUGAAAACUUGUUUGGAUGUAAUACAAGAUGACUUGCAUGUUGAUCAAUUGUGCACUGUUGCUAAAAUGAUUUUAACAAAGUAAGAAUGUUGCAUUGUGUAUUUGUGACCAGUUUUCCUUUGGAGAUCCAAAUUGUUCAGGGUUUUGUUUUCUGCUACAUUUCAAAAGGUUGUCUGAUACGGCGCAUCUGUAUUUCGAGCAGUGCGGAGCGAUAAUUCUUAAAAAUUGUUCUUCUGUUUAUUCCACGUUAACAUUAUUUAUUCUGUCUGUUGGUGUUAAAACAUGUGGGAGCUUCAUCAAGUGAAAGCAUUUCUUAACACUUUUGUUUCUAAGCGUUCCUCUCCACUUUUAUGUUAUUUUAUUUUUUCAUCAACUCUAGUGGGAUUAUUUUAACACAAAAGGGAAAUGUGAAGCUGUAUGCCACAUUUAUGUUUGGCCACAUUUGGUGGUUUCUGUAUUUCAACAUUUUGUAUAAGAAAUGCUGAAAGUGGUUUCUAUGUGAAAGUCUGUCUGUUCUUCAAUCACAUAAUAAGCUUUGACAAUAAAAUAUUUUCCACAUA